CACGAGAUGGUGCUGCCACUUCGAAAACAGUCUGUGCUGACUCUGACAUUUCUCCCGUAGGUAAGUAUUUGUGAUGCUCGCCGAGGUUGACGUCUUCAUAAGCAACUAUACAAUAGUUGAUCCCGACAUAUACCAGUUAUGGAUAGAAGGAUAUUCGACAAGCGAAUCAGUGGCGCUGCUCAAGCAGAGGGGCUUCGACACCUUCAUGGGCGCUCCGCUAGAACUCUUCGCGUCUGACGUCCUGGACCAGUAUCGGACCUACUCCUUGAUCGAGCGCCUGCUCUACACACCUACGAAGCUGAUGGAGCAACCGCUGUUCCAGCUGGAGCCGCAAACACGUUCGUUGCUCAUUGAAAAAUAUUACUCGCUGGACGAUAGUGUGGCGAGGGAGAUCCUGGGCAAGAAGCUGACAUCGCGCUACCGGAAGGAUUUGGACGAGGUGGCAGACAAAACAGGGGCAAGGCUGAAGUCAUGCAGGCGUCAAUUCGACAAUGUGAAGCGGAUUUUCAAGGCCGUGGAGGAGCUACCCGGCAACAUAACCAACAACAUCAGGCAGAAUUUCCUCCUCCCCGAGGAUCUUGCGAAGAGGUACGCAUCUGUAGUGUUCUUGGCAUGCCUGCGGUUCGAAACCUCCAAGCGCAGACUCCAGUAUCUGUCUUUCGCUGAUUUCUUCGAUUGCUCACAGGCGGUUAUGACCUUUUGGACGUACACUUACCAGCACUCCGGCCCGGAGUACUAUGACACGGAGAUGGACAAAGAGUUUCUGCUCGACUUGAGGGAGCUGAGAGCCCUCCUGGAUAAAGAAAGGGAAAUAAAACACUUGGCAUCUCUUCGACUUAAGCCGUUGCUGCUUGAAAGGAGUUUCCACGAGUUGGAAGUCAAUUUUAGAACUUAUUGGCGAGCCUUAAUUACAAUAGCGUGUAACCUGCAUCGUACACGAGAGUUACGUUGUCUAUUCGUGGAGCUCGCUGAAAAAAUAAUCGAUCCUUGGCGUCAAAAUAACUGGGCUCCCGAGCAGGUGAAGCAUUUCCUAUCUGCAGUUACGCAAAGUGUUCUUGAUCUAGAAAUUUCAAGGGACCAGGAGACGCGCUGUCUAUGGGAUAGAUACAUGCAAGUUAUUAGUAUUUGUCUGAUUCGGAUGUAUCACGCUUGACAAGAGAUAUGCAAAUGAAUUAUAAUAAUAAAAUGGCAAAUGUAAUGUUUUUUGUUCUACAAUGAUUUCUUACUCGAGUUGCGUAUGUUUUUGCCACCGAUAAGAUAGUUAAUAUAUUCUUCUUUUGCUGUUAAAUGUUGAUUUCUAUUUAUAAGCGUAGAUAGCAAAAUUAAAAAGUUCUAUUAGUGAA